AAGACGACACACCAACCGAUCAUGAGAGCUCAGCGACCAGUGGCGAUAAUGGCUGCCAUGAUGGCCGUGAUGUCCGUGGCAGCGGCUGGUGGUGGAGGCGGAUAUGGUGGCAGUGGAGGAGGUGGAUUUGGCGGAAGACAUGGAGGUGGUGGAUUCGGAGUUGGUGGAUUUGGUGGAGGAAACGUCGGUGGCUUUGGCGGGGGACACGGCAGCGGUUUUGGAGGUAGCAGCUCCGGAGGAUACGGCGGAAGCAGCGGAGGCGGAAGAGUAUCCGCAGGAGUCUUGGUUGGCAGCGGGUCCCUUCCGAGCGGCGGCGGAGGCGGAUACGGAGGCGCAAGCGGAGGCGGACAUGGAGGCAGCUUCGGCGGUGGAAAUGGAGGCGGUUUCGGAGGUGGCUUUGGGGGCGUCGGAGGUGGUCACGGAGGCAGCUUCGGCGGUGGAAAUGGAGGCGGUUUUGGUGGCGGAAGUGGAAGCAGCGGCUACGGGAAAUAA